CUUCUUUUUUACAAUUUCUAAGAGAAGUUCAGAUAAAUGUAACUGGUGGCCAGUGAAGGAAUGGUUUGACUUCAGAGUCACCUUGGAAAAAGUAAAGGAUUCUGGUUGUUGUAGUCAAAUGACGUCAUCAUGCAAAUCACCUACUGAGCCACUUGCUUUGUAAGCUUUAAUAAAACACAGGAAAACAAAGAGAGUGAAAAUUUAUUGGGUGACUGUUUUUCCUGUCUAAUUGAAAUUAGUGUAUUUUCUUGGCUCCCAGGAUAGGAAGCCCAGUUGUCGCAUCGAGCUCAGGUUGAGACAGCAGUACCGCCUCGAGCGGAGGUUGGUUCGACGACCGUGAAUGUGUUUAGCUAUGAAAUAUCCUUAGGUAAAGGAAAUGCGGAUUAAUUUGUUACUCUGGUUUCGAACUCGAGUCCAGUGGAUUAGAAGGCUAGAAACAUAUUACUGCAAAACCAAGUGGACAAAGAGAAAGGGCUCUGGGAACGAUAUUAAAUAAUAUAAUGCGCGGCUCUAGACUAAAAAAAGUCCUAAUCAGAGUCUAAUUAGUAACAAAGCUACUUGUCCCCACCUCGAACCAGUCUUCUUAUUUAACGGCCGCGAUUACGCUUCCUCUUUACUCGUAAACUUCCGGUUUGUAAUAACAUUUUCAUUGUGCUACAUUCCAUAGUUUUUCUUCGUUUCUUUGGAAAAUGAAACACAUGAAAAUGGGAAAUCGUGGAUCAUAAUUAUUUGACAGCCAUCCCUCCCCCUGUUAAAUAAGCAUUUGUUGUGUUUUUGGGCCCACAUUUUUCCGAGAAAGACUCGAGCCUAAAGGUCAAUUUCGACGAAACGACACUGCAGUUACUAGGCAGCUGGCUUAGAAGCGGAAAGAGCGUCCUUGUAUCAACAAAUUUGUCAAAAAUAACGAAACAAGGGUAUCAAAACGCUUUACUUAAAAACCAGAGCGAAGAGGAGGAGCAAAUCGCCAUUCUGAAAGGUCUACAAGACUCUAGGGGUUCGCUUCGUUGGACCGUUAAUUUAAGGGCCGUUAUUGAUAUCAGUUUUUUUUGCUGAAGAGGUCACCCUGGUUAAAAAACAUUUAUUGUAAUGUAUAUACAGAUUUAGAGACUAUUGUAGCAAAUUUACGGACUUAUAAAUUCAAGUCGAAGAGGAGAGUUCGUAUAUGCAUAAUUAAUACGCGUUAUGAGCUUUUCAGAUAUUACUUCGCACAAUCACUCUUGGCUUUGCUUCUCUCAUUUUGCGACCUAGCAGCCCGCGUAUUUUGCCUCCACGUGCAAGUGAAAGCGCUAGCCACGCAUACUGUACGAACACAUUGCGCUUUGAAUCAGAAAGAUGAAGUGAACCAGGAAGAAUAUUCAAUCAGUCUGAUAAACAUGCACGCGCUCAUAUUCAUGAUCAUAAAUGAUUAAUGUGCGCGCUAGCAGAAACUAAAACUACGAAUCAAAGAAGCUGCGCCAGCUUGUCAGACCAGGAUUCCUGAAAAAACGAAGCCGGGAGCCACCGAAAACAGUCACAAUUUGCGUUUACUGACUACUCCUCUUGGCUAAGGCUUCCUACUUUUCCUUGGUAUCUUGUUAGGCGACUGCUGCAUUUCUAAUCAACCUUGCCCCAGCAUGUCUACACGUAAUCAUCUCAAAGUCAACUGAAAAUUGCCCUGUUUCUGUACAUUUCGCUUUGGUUUUGGGCGAAACCGCUUUCAUUCCAAGCUCAGUGAAGAGGGGCAGAUUGUACUACUGCACCGGUUUUCUUGAUCAUACAAUUAGUGUGGUUCAAACUGAAGUAUUAUGUAUAACAUUUGUCUAAACUGUUUAUUCUCUUUAGUGGCCAUGUCGGGUGAUUCAAAGCGUGGUAAAGAUGUUCCACGAAGACGAAGAAACGAUGGUGAACCAAGCUGGUAUGACAAGGAUGUUAAUACAGAGUACCAAGAAGAAGUGAUGCCAAUACCCAAGGGCAAGGCAGGGAUUAUUAUAGGGAAAAAGGGAUGGAGAAUAAAAGAUAUAAAGGAGCAAAGUGGAGUUAAAGAGUUAAACAUCAGAGAUGACCAAGUCCACAUAAGAGGAACAGCAGAACAAUGCUCAAACGCAAAAAAGAUCAUCCAAAUGAUUUUAGAGGGAGAAGACAGCCCUGAUCAAGGCGCAUGGAAAAAGUUGGACUUCAUACCCGAGAUACAUAUGGGUGCAGUCAUUGGAAGAAACCGCGAGCACUUGAAAGACAUAGAACAAAAUACAGGGGCAAUAUUGAAAGUCUACAGAAAAGGUUCUAAUAGCUCGCUCUAUAUCAAAGGCUCUAUUGAGAGUCAAAAGAGAGCUAUUCGGGAAAUAAAUGAAACCGUGUACGUCAAUUCGAUGAGACAUUCACAGUCAGAUAAACGCACAGUGCGGCUUGUUCAUGUGGAUACGACCCAGUUGGACCCGGAAAGCGAAUUUAAGCUGUCUAGUGUACAACCUCCUGAUGACGGCGACUCUAGCGAAACGAUCUAUGAAGUGAAACCAUCAGGGCAGCCUUCACAAGAUAUGCAGAAUAGGCAGGAUGACUUCUCGGGCAUGGAAAAAUUGAGAGAUAAACUCCUCAUGGUGCUAAAAAACAUUCAAAAAGAAAAGGAAGAAGAAAGGGUCAUAGUAGACAUAUGGUGUCACUUUGGCCACGCCUACAUAACUAAGAUCUAUGAAGCUGACCUGGAAGAGGAAUAUUUUACUCUUGAGGAAAUCAAACAAAAAGUUGAAAACCAAAAGUUCGGUUGGAAGUCAAAAUUUAAAGGAGGAUUAGAAAAAAUAGAAGUUGAACACAUUGAAGAGAGUCUGGAAUCCCGUGCAGCUAAAGAAGAAGUAAGAUACGACUUCACCUUCUACACUCCUACUUGUCGAUAUGUUCGUGUCAAGGUAUGGCUUACCGAGAAAGAUGGUGGCGAACAGGAAGGCGACGGAGCAAGUUCAAUGGCGUUCUCUCGCAGUGCACCCUUCAGUGUUAUGAAUGUCACGAGUCACGCGUUGCCUGAUGAGCAGAGUGAUUCAUCACACACGCCAUGUUUUUACAUGUGUUCUCAGACACAGCAGAGACUGAAGGCAGACAUCGUAAUGCCUUCCAAGGAAUGUGAUUACCGACUGUUCGUAAAAACAUGUAAGAAAUUAACAGAUUUUGUUAUUUGUUUUGUAAUUAGUCUAUGUCGUUUCUGUGUUACGGAAUGCGCUGUCACCGACGAAACUUAAAUCACAAACAUAAUUCCACUUCCAGUAGCAAUACUUGAGUACCCCAUGUUCAACAGUUCCUGUAAUAAAAUUUCCAGACAUAAUAUCCUGGUUUAACACUGUAACGUUUAAGACUGUGACUGAAAAAGUAAACACUACACUUUCAAUCACGGAUGCGGCUCUACUGAAGUCGUGAUUUCUUGGUAAACGAGGCAGACGACUCGUAUAUGAGGCCAAACAUUUAACUGC